UGGUAAACUUGAAUAAAGAUGCUCAGCGUUUCGGGUCCGCGAAGCCUUAGAAACAGGCGAAACUGACUUAUUCCGGAGAAAAUAACACGUUUUCAUCACAGCACUGAACACCCAUUGGCAUAUUUUCCCCAUCACAGUUAAGAAAUUGAUUCCAGCGAUGGAAUUGAAGAAAUCUUUUUCUGAUAGCGAGCGUUCGUUGAAGGGUUACGGUGCUGUUUCAGCAACGGAAUGGACAACGGACAAGGGCCAUUCAGAUGUGUGCAUGGCGGAGAGCAGCAUGGACCCAGAUGAGAUCGAGGUGGAGAUGGCUCGUAUCCAGCGUCUCCGGGAGGUCCUGGUGCGCCGGGAGUCUGAACUACGCUUCAUGAUGGAUGACAUCCAGCUCUGCAAAGACAUCAUGAGCCUGAAACAGGAACUGAGGAAGAUAGUCACCGUACCAGAGAAAGAGAAGACCAAGAAGCACAGACAGCGAGAGGAAGAGCUGAUCCUGAAGAUCCACAAGCUGGUGCAGAAGAGGGACUUCCUGGUUGAUGAUGCCGAGGUGGAGAGAUUAAGGGAGCAGGAGGAGGACAAAGAGAUGGCUGAGUUCCUCAGACAGAAGCUGAUGUCACUGGAGAAACUGGCCCGAGUCACACAGAAUCCCCCAAAGUCUAAGAAGCAUGUCCCCACGCCACCCCCUAACAAGCCCUCCAUCGCCAAAUCGAGUGUGGCCAUCAUCAAAGACUGCUGUGGAGCCACCCAGUGUUGCAUCAUGUAGCAGUCUGAUGAUAACCCCCUGACAACCCCCCCCCCCGCCCCCAAACAGAACAGUCUGACAUCACCUGACCUAAUCCAUUUAUGACAUUGCUUCCUGUGUACCUAGAGAAGCCUGGUUGGUUGGUGGUGUGGAGAUAUUGAGUGAGUUGUACAGGCAUGUGUGCCCUACGUAUCCGAAAUGUGUAUAUAUAUGGAAGCUAAUCCAGAUGAAAUAUUUGGUGUCAUAUAAUCCCUUGAACGAAGACAAAGGAAGACAUUUUGACGGUAAUAAAUGUACCAGUGCAUUCAAUAGGUUUUUUGGUAAUCAUUGGUAUUGGUAUAUCAUGUAGGGUUAGAUAUCUUCAAGACCAAGAUGGUGUAAAGUGCACUAUAACAUAGCCUUUAAAUAGUAUCUUCUUGCAUUGCAAUUAUAAGCACAAAGUCCCUAAAGAACUACGAACCCCAGGAUUCUCUUGUCCACCAGGAAGUGAGGUAAUCUCUUUUUGUUAUUCGCUGUUGUUUCAAUAACGGGUAUUCAUGCUUUCAUAUCAACCCUUUAACAGGAAACGUAGAACACCUCUUUAAAAGCCAUUUAUCAACUCUGGUCAUGGAAUACCCUCCAAGUCACACACGUGUAUUCAAGUCUAACCUUACACACAAGUGUUUCGUAGUGUUUUUUGGUUAGUCCAAUUAGGGUUUUUUCAUUGCUUUGUGGUUAAUUGUUUAAUUGAUUGAGGAAGCCAAUUGGUCAGUAGUUAUUUGGUUAGUCACUUGAGGCAUUCUGAUUGGUCAGUCCACUCAGUAUGUUAGUGCUGGUCUUGAACACAAGUGUGUAGUCGUGUGUGUUCCUAAAAACAAAGUUGAGAAAUGUUAAUGACUAUCGUUUGUUCUCUGCUGCAGUGCGUUUUGAUCUCCAAGAUUCAGUGGUUUACUUCCAGCGUUUUCUUGACAAGUAAAAACAUUCUUUCACAAGCUGCAACACACAAGAUGUCAUUGUUCAGUUUUCUAUGAUGUAAAUAUUAUAUCAGCAAGUAUCUACUAAACUGUAAAACAGUCAACAAGUGAUCAAUUUUACCUUAUCUCAGAUAUCAGUAGUUAUAGUUGCCAAUGCUAUUGCAAUGGUAUAUUCAUGGUUACCCUGGAAAACUCUUAAGGAACUAACUAAUCCUGCAUCCUUUGAUUCAGUCUUGCGAUUUUACACUAAACAUGAGGAAGCAAAUGCAAUUCUUGUAUAUGCGUAAAACUCUGGAAAAUAACAUUGUAUGUCUUAUUCAAAAAGUAUUUAAGGUAUUACUGUCAUGUUGAACAAUGUGACCCCUCUUCUUCGGAUUCUAACUGCUCUUCUCAGAAUCCCUUCCAGUGGUUUUGUUCUGUAGUAAUAGUUGAGGUCCGACAAUGAACAAUAUUAUGCAGAAAAUAAGCUGAAACU